AUGAUUACGAAACUCGAUAAUGAUUAAAUAUAAGUGUCUCUUAAAGUUGAUAAGGCUAAUUAUAGAGCAGGUGAUGUGAUCAAAGGUGUAAUCUAUUUAAAAGCAAAAUCUACUGAUCUUGAGUGUAAUAUGUUAUUUCUAAAAGUAAUAUUUGUUUUCUCAUUUAGUUAAUUGGUGUAUAGAAGGUUAAUCAAUUUGAUAAAUAAAAUUAAUGUUUUAGAUUCAAGGACAUUUUUUAUAGUAAACAUAAAUGGCUUUGCAAUUUUGGAUCGUAAUUGUUAUAUUGAUCUUAAAGUCAUCUUACAUAAGGAAUAUAAAAAAGACAUUUUGAAAUAGAAACUCCAUUAGAAAUUCCAAGUUUUUGUAUCAAUUAUUACAAAACUUUGUAAUGUAGAUUGAUGUAUAUUUUGUCAAUUUACUUUACUGAUGAAAGUCAAUAAACUUUUUACAAAAUAGAACAAUCUCAUAAAAUAACAAUUCAUGUUUAUCAUUUACCUUCACCAUCAUUAAUGUAAUCAAUAUGCUAUGUUGGAGAACAAAGAGAAUUAAAGAAAUUAUGCUUUCUUAAUGGUGGAGUACAAUAAUUCAUAUUUAAUAGAGUGCUUCAAUAUCACUUCAAAUCAAUAAAUAAGGAUUUGUAAUAGGUGAUGUAAUAGAUAUCAAUCUUGAGAUAGAUAAUACUAAAACUGAUUUAAAUUUAUUGAAUUUAAGUUUUUCUGUUUAAUCAUAAUUGAUAAUCCUUUAUCCUGUCUUAAAAUUGAGAAUAUCUAAUUAUUUUGGUUUAGCAUAAUCAUUACAUAAUAGUAAUAAUAUAUUAUUUUAUGUAGUUGUUGUAAAAGGUAGAUAAAAAAGACAAUUAGAAUAUAAAUUGAAAUUAGAAUAAGAUUAGAAUGAUCCAAAAUCAAUAUUUCCUCAAUCUUCAUUAUAUACUGAUCGAAUUAUCUAUCAUUAUAACUUUUGUUUAAUUGCUAAUUAUUCAUAGAAUAUUUAAAAUUGUAAUCAAUUAACUAUUGCAAUUCCAAUCCAUAUUUUUUAAGGAGAAUUAAGAUAAUAAUAAUAAUAAUAAUAAUAUUAGAAUGAUAUGAAUUCUACUUUAAAUAAAUAGAAAGUAAUGUUUUCAGAUCAUAAAAUUAAUGGUUAUGGACCUUUAGAUGGUGCACCAUCAUAAUAUUAGAAUUUAUAUGCUGAAGAUAGUUUUGAAGAUGAAGAAUUAAUAGAAGAAAAUACUUCUCCUUCAAAUAAUUUUAAUAGAUAAGAACCAUUAGUUGAUUAUGAAGAAUUGGAAAAUGAAUUUGAAACAAUUUGUGCUACUUAAUAAUAAUAAAUCAAUUAAAUUAAUUAAUAAGAUAAUUUGGAAAUUCAAGGUUUCAUUACUAAAAAAGUCAUUGCUUAUAAUGAAAACUUAGAUAUCAUUCAAGAAGAAAAUGAUGAUAAAUAUCAUCAUUCUGUUUAAAGAUCAAUUGAUAAAGCAAGUAAUUAAAGUGAACCAAAAAUAGAUUAGUAAAUUCAUAAUGAUACUAUUUUUAAAUGA